UGUGUGACAUCAAGUACUGUAAUACGUGAACUCUAGAUAAUCAUAUGAUUGGCACGGCACACCAAGGAAACGAAGGAGGCUGCUUAGCUGCGCACACUUGUUCAACGCACGUGCCUUUGACCCUCCGAUGACUUAAAGAAGCUUCUGAAAAGCGUCGACCCUCUUGCCUACCAGCCCUAAUCUCUGUCUCUCUCUCUCUCUCUCGCGUAGAGUAAUCCAAUGGGGAAGUGAUCGAACAAUUGCAGUGACUACAGUGACGCUCUGAAGGAAAUUCAAUCACGCAGUUUGGGAAUUCAGGCUUUUCUGUAACUCGCUGAAAUUUUGGUUUUGGUGAUAGUGAGGAGUACGGAAAACGAUAUGGUGGUGGGUCGGCAUUUUUCUCGAAUAGACAGUUUAGAGCUGAAGUCUCAGAUUGAGAGGAAGCUGGGGCGCCGGAAGGCGGAGGAGUAUUUUGAUCUCCUCACAAAAUUUUUAAGUCUUAAGAUUAGCAAAUCCGAUUUCGAUAAACUCUGCAUGGACAAAAUUGGGAGGGAAAAUGUUCGGCUUCAUAAUUAUCUCAUUAGAUCAGUCAUAAGAAAUGCAUUCCUCUCAAAGACUCAUCCGUUAAAGGAACACGAAGUGGAAGGUUCUCUCAGUGUUAAAGUGGCAAAUGGGUAUCAAAGAAGUGGUAUUCAGUCAUUGUGCAAAGAUAUUCCACAAUCCCCUCGAAAGGGGAGGACCCCAAAUAUUCGUGAUCGCAAGUUUAGGGACCGCCUGAGUCCUCUUGGGCCUCAUGGAAAGAACCAUAGUAUUGCUUGUGAAGAUUCGAUCCCCAAAAUGCAAGAACAGCAAAGUGCUACAGAGCUGGUUUCCUUGGGUAGCAGACCCCCUGGCUCUGUGGAAGAUGGGGAAGAGGUUGAUCAGGCUGCUGGAAGCCCAACCAUUUAUAGUCGGAGCCCUGUUAGAGCUCCUCUUGGCAUCCCAUUGAAUACGAAAGGGACAAGAAAAGUAUUAUGUAAUGGAUCGGCAUCUGCAUUUGUCACUGAGACUUGUGAGAACAGUGGUGAGCUACCUGAUACCAGUUCUUUACUGAAGAGAUUGGAGCAGAAGUUGGAGACAGAGGGACUAAAAGUCUCGGUAGAUUGUGCAAACUUGUUGAACAAUGGCCUCGAUGUAUGUCUCAAGAGAUUGAUAAAGCCCUGUUUGGAACUUGCUGGUUCAAGGUCUGUACAUGAACACAUAGACCAAAGGCAUAGUCGUGCCAUACCUGGUUUGAGGAGAAUGGGGCCUGUGAUAUAUGUACCAAAACCAAGUGAGCCUACUUUUGCAUCCAUGUCAGACUUUCGGGUUGCAAUGGAGUUGAAUCCCCUGAUACUUGGAGAAGAUUGGCCAACAGAACUUGAGAAAGUUUGCUUGCGUGCAUCAGAAGGCUGAACUGAAACUGAUUAGCUCAUGAUUUUGGUAAAGCAAUAAGUUUGGGAUUUGAUUCAAGGUGAUGAUGAGUUACCACAAUACAAUUGUAAAAUCUACUAUAACACUGAUCUUGACCUUGCCGUUUAUAUAAGCACUGCUGAAAUACAUUAGUACAAGUUAUCAAAAGUUUUGGAUGAGGGUGAUUAGACUGUAUAUAGUUUUCAGUGCUGAUUUUUUCGGGGUGGGACACCAAGACAUGGUAAAGUAUAGACAUAUCAACACUUGUAAGAAUCUUGCUAUAAUGAAUAGGUCAGUGGUCUUCUUUGACUAAUAUCUCUAGUUUGUUAGUUAAUUUUAUUAUGCUUUAUGUUUGUUAAUCAAGCUUGUCUUUGAAGCUUUCAGGUCUACUUUUCUGAAAUUCCUUAUCCCAUUAGAUCCAAUAGAUUGCACUUUUUGACAGUUGUUGUUUCCAUUAAAAUUCUCUCUUUGUCAUAUGCGUGAACCAACACACAUGCAUACACACAGCAAUUAUUUUGAUGAAGUUGAGAUGAAGGUUUA